GCAUCCUUCAUGUGGGGAUCGUCUACACGGAAUUCGCGGAUUGAGUGUUUAUGGGUUGAAGUUGGCACGCAGUUUGCUAGGAGAUGGAGAGCACUCUGUUCCUCGAUGAAAUUAAUUAAUCAAGAUUGUUCGGAUUUCCGGGCAGAAUGGAACUGUCAUCCAAUAUGUGGUCCUGAUAUAAAUGAUAAGAGCCCUAAGGAUUUACAUUUUUUAGGUCAAAUGCAGUUUGGCGUGUAUCGAGAUGACUGCGAAGGGGUCCACCCUGACGUGAUUGAAGAAUACUACGGGGUACAUGGCCCUACUAUGACUCGACGACAACAUCAGAGUGGAGCGGGGCAUCCAAUUGACGAAGAAGAAAGUGAUAAUGAAGAGGAGCCUCUAAAUAUGGUACAGGCUAUCAAUAAUCAACAACGACACCAAAUCCACCACAAAGCUAUCAGCGUUCCAUCGCAAAUCAAUCCUUUCACCAAUGACGAAACACGCUGGCAAUUCUCUGCCACCCUUAUCGAAGUCAUAGCCAAGGAUAUAACACCAUGCGACUGCAGGCUAGCAGCAAAUGAGUGGGAAGGUGACGAGUAUCCGAUCUUCGAGGCUAUCCCUGUUGGCCAACAAGGGUUGAAAGAAUUACAUGUGUCUCUCGCUGAACUGAGCUGGUUCAACCAGGGCGAGGCUAUGGUGUCAGGCAUUACUAGUGUUGUCAUACUUUUUAGCAGCUGGGCAAGAGUAACUUAA